AUGAAAAGAAGCUAUUAUAAGAUUUAUAACACAUACAUAAAUAUAGGGUUGUCUGAGGAGCCGGUGGUGCAACAAGAAAAAGAGGUGGUAGGGAGUAGAGAAAAGAGCACGAUGGAGGCAGUGGAUGAGAAGGGGAAGCAACAGCAGAGGAGGAGGAGGAGGAGAACGAGAUUGAAGAUGAAUUAUCAUCAUCGUGAUCUUGAUGAGAAUGAAGACGAGGAAGGAGAAGAAGAUGCCGAUGAAGGGAACAAUGAGAGGCAAAGAGAGCACCCAUUUAUUGUAACGGAGCCUGGUGAGGUUGCACGUGGCAAGAAGAACGGCCUCGAUUAUCUAUUCCACCUCUACGAGCAAUGCCGUGAGUUCUUGAUCCAGGUUCAAAACAUCGCCAAGAACCGUGGUGAAAAAUGCCCCACCAAGGUGACAAACCAGGUGUUUAGGUACGCCAAGAAGGCAGGAGCGAGCUACAUUAACAAACCCAAAAUGCGACAUUACGUGCACUGUUAUGCAUUGCACUGUCUUGACGAGGAGGUUUCGAACGAGCUGAGAAGGGCUUUCAAGGAAAGAGGAGAAAAUGUUGGUGCGUGGAGACAAGCAUGUUACAAACCCCUUGUGGCAAUAGCAGCUCUUCAAGGUUGGGACAUUGAUGCCAUCUUCAAUGCACAUCCUCGUCUUUCAAUAUGGUACGUCCCAACCAAGCUUCGUCAGUUUUGUCACGCCGAGAGGAACAGUAACACUGCUUCAAGUUCUCUCUCUGUCGGCAGCGGCCACCUAAUUCCUUUCUAA